UCUGCCCGAAUGCCUUCUUUCACCCCCUUCGACAUCUCAAUUCACGACGAAAGUUUAGGUUCAAAGUCUGUCUUCUAUUAUUUAAUUAAAUCGUUUUAAGUGCCUUUUUCAUAAAGUAAUAUACAAACAUGGCUAGUUCUAAAAUAUUACGUGCACUUAAUUUCUUAAGAAACCGUAAGGACUUAUCACUUAUAACAGGUGUACAUAACAGAGGAUAUGCAGCAGCAGCAGCCAGCGAUGGUCACACUAAAUGUAAGAUAGUUGAUGGCGUUUAUGUUAUUACAUUGGACAGUCCAAAUGCCAAGGUAAACUCUCUAAAUGCAGCUGUAAUUGAAGAAGUAAAUAAGGUAAUUGGUGAAGUUGAAUCUAAUCCAGCCAUUCAAGCCGCUGUAUUAAUAUCAGGAAAACCUGGUUGUUUCAUUGCUGGUGCUGACAUUUCAAUGCUUGAAAAAUGUAAAACUAAAGAUGAAGUUGUGGCACUAUCAAAACGAGGUCAUGAAAUAUUUCGAAGAUUGGAAACAUCUAGAAAACCAUUUGUAGCAGCCAUUCAAGGCAGUUGCCUUGGUGGUGGUUUAGAAACUGCACUGGCUUGCCAUUAUCGCAUAGCUGUUAAAGACAAAAAGACUGGAUUUGGUUUACCUGAAGUAAUGUUAGGACUUUUGCCUGGUGGUGGAGGCACACAGAGAUUACCGGCUCUUACUUCGGUACCCACGACUUUGGACCUAGCACUCACGGGCAAAACUGUGAAAGCUGAUAAAGCUAAGAAGUUAGGAAUAGUUGAUUUGCUAGUAUCUCCUCUUGGACCUGGCAAAAGUCUACCUGAGGAGAAUACCAUAAAAUACUUAGAAACUGUAGCAAUACAAAUUGCCAGAGAUAUUGCUGCUGGAAAAAUUAAAGUAGAUAGGUCGAAAAAAGGUCUGGUUGAAAAGAUAACUGCAAAUGUUAUGAAAUUUGAAUUCGUUAAGAAUCUUAUAUUUAACAAGGCAAAGGAACAAGUUCUCAAGGCUUCCCGAGGCCUCUAUCCAGCGCCUCUUAAGAUUCUUGAAGUAGUACGAGUUGGAGUUGACAAGGGCCCAGCAGCAGGUUAUGAAGCAGAAGCACAAGGUUUUGGAGAAUUAGCAAUGACACCACAAAGCAAAGGUCUCUUCGGUCUUUUCAGAGGACAGACUGAGUGUAAGAAAAAUAGAUUUGGCAAAUCCCAGGUGGAUGUUAAAACGAUUGGUGUCUUAGGUGCAGGGUUGAUGGGAGCAGGCAUUGUUCAAGUAUCUAUAGAUAAAAAUUAUAAGGUAGUCUUGAAAGAUGCGACAAAUGCUGGUCUCUACAGAGGGGUGGGACAAAUACAAACCGGCUUAACUAAUGCAGUUAAGAGGAAAAGAAUCUCUUCAUUGGAAAAAGAUAGAUACUUAUCAAAUUUACAACCAACUUUGGAAUAUACUAAGUUUAGCAAUGUCGACUGUGUAAUAGAAGCUGUCUUUGAAGAUAUUAACAUUAAACAUAAAGUAAUCAAAGAACUAGAGGCUGUUGUUCCAAAACACUGUGUUAUUGCAACAAAUACAAGCGCCAUUCCCAUAACAAAAAUUGCUGCUGGAAGUAGCAGACCUGACAAAGUUAUUGGCAUGCAUUACUUCUCCCCUGUGGACAAAAUGCAGUUGCUGGAAAUCAUCCGUCACCCGGGAACAAGCGACGAUACAGCUGCAGCGGCCGUGGCUGUAGGAUUACGUCAAGGAAAAGUAGUCAUUACUGUUGGGGAUGGUCCCGGAUUUUACACCACGCGCAUUCUCUCAACUAUGUUGAGUGAAGCUAUACGACUACUACAAGAAGGUGUAGAUCCUAAAGAAUUGGAUAACAUGACCAGACAAUUUGGAUUCCCUGUGGGUGCAGCCACGCUAGCUGAUGAAGUUGGUAUUGAUGUGGGUGCCCAUAUUGCAGUAGAUCUUGCUAAGGCCUUUGGAGAACGUAUCGGAGGCGGUAAUUUGAACAUUAUGCAAGACUUAGUUAAAGCUGGUUUUAUGGGACGAAAAUCAGGCAAGGGUAUUUAUGUGUAUGAGAAAGGAACAAAGAACCGAGAUGUAAAUCAAGAAGUUGUACAAUUAUUGAAAGAUAAAUAUUCCUUGGAACCCCGCGGCGCCAACACAGUAGAAGAUCAACAGCUAAGAAUGGUGUCAAGAUUUGUGAAUGAAGCUGUUUUAUCACUGGAAGAAAAAAUCCUUCACAGUCCAUUAGAAGGUGAUGUUGGUGCUGUAUUUGGUCUUGGAUUCCCACCAUUUACUGGGGGCCCAUUCAGAUGGGUGGAUCAAUUUGGUGCUGAUAAACUAGUGAAGAAAAUGGAAGAAUAUCAAAGUCAUUAUGGAGCUCCCUUUAAGCCUGCUCAAACACUCGUAGACAUGGCCAAAGACAGCAGUAAAACAUUCUACAAAAAUUAAAGGUGUUAAUCACUUUAUAUAAGAUAUUUAUUUAUAUCCUGUACUUUUGAAAGUUAUAUUUAUGUACAUUAGUAACUUGACAUUUUACUGAAUGUCAUAAACUACUUGUCUUCCUCCUAAUUGAUUAAUUACUAGGAGAAUUUAUUUUAUGUAACAGAAAUGUCAGGCAUGACAAAGUUGGAAGAAUGAUCAUCAAUUUAUUUAUUAUGAAUAGUGUAACUGAGAUUGUUAAUAAAUUAUAAAUAUAUUGUGUUUA